CAAUCUCUUCUUCUAUUUCUACUAAAACUACAGUUCGACUAUACUUAUGUUUCACAGUUGUUCCAUAUAUAUCUCUUACCAUCUAUAUAAACAUACAUACAUCAAGAAGUUCCCUUAUUCAAUCUUUCUUCAAUUAAUUUUCUCUCUCACACAAAAAAAGAAAAAAAGAAAACGAAUCGAAGAUGGUGUUCAGGAAUAUAACAAUCGAUGAUCUGAAAGAUAAGCUUGACAUGAAAGGCAGUAUGUUCGACGUUUUGGUGGCGACGGCGCAACGCGCGAAAGAGAUACUCGACAAAGAGGAAGCAGAAGCAGCGCAAACACCACCGCGGCCGAAGAGGAGAAGAGAUGAGAGACCGGCCGUGCCCAAGAUCUCCGAUAAGAGAAGAAAGCCGGCCGACAACGGGCCCCCCGUGGAGCAGUCGCCGCUGCCGGAGGAAUUCAAGAAGGCGAUUGAAGAGAUGCAUAUGGGGAGCGUCGUGACGCCGGCGACACUGGUCAUACAAAAGGGGCUGUUCGGCACCGACUUGAGCGGCGGACACAACCGGCUGUCGAUCCCGAUCAGUCAGAUCAAGGAUGAUUUCUUGACGGAGGAAGAGAAGCAGCAUCUCCGCACCUACAAUGAGAGCAACAAGAAGAAGAACUUCAUGGAGGUGAAGAUCGUGCAGCCGUCGCUGGCGCCGGAGACCGUCAAAUUCUGCCGGUGGGACAUGCCGAAGAAAGGCGGCGGGAAGACGUCGUCGAGCUACGUGAUCAAUGGAAAAUGGAAUAGCAUUGUGGAGAAGAAUAAGCUGAAGCUAGGGAUGGUGGUGCAGUUGUGGUGUUUCCGAGUCGAUCAGGAUUUGUGCUUUGCACUCGUGCGCUUGCCCAGGAAUAAUCACGCUUAGCUUAAUUAGCUUCGAUUUCUGCCUUCAAAUUUUCCCCUUAAUUACUAAUUAGGGUUACAUUAGGGUUUACUCAUCAAUAUGUACAUCAUCAACUUAAUUUCCUUCCAUGUCGAAGCGGUCUAUAUGUUUAUUAA